AGCAUUACCAUGUACUCGUGCACCUCCCCAUCCGGAAUUAAAGUCUCCUUGAGCACACCAGAAAUUUGGGAAGAGUUCUACCCGAAAACCGAAAUGAUUGUGACGAGAAACCGUGGAAGGGUGAUUUUUCCGCAUUUGGACUAUAUCAUCAAGGGAUUGGAUCCAGGCAGUCUCUACUCGAUUUAUAUUCAUUUGGAACGUGUUGACGGGAUUAAAUACAAAUUCGACGCAGGAGAAUGGAAAGAAUUCGCCAAAGGAGAUCCGAUUCUUCCAAUCCAAUACAAGGAGCAUCCGCGUGGCAAGCGUACUGGAGCAGAAUGGAUGAGUGAGCCCGUCUCGUUUGCUCACAUCAAAAUCACGAAUAACCCGGAAAUCAAGGAUCAGAAGGUCAUUUUAGUGCAGAGUAUGCAUAAGCACAUUCCAGUGGUCACUGUUAAACAGGUCCGACAUUAUAAGACAGGGUAUCAAGAGGAUUUUAGUGGGGAGCAGUUCCGGUUGGAGGCUACUGAAUUUAUGGUGGUCACUGCUUAUCAGAACGAAAUCCUCAAAAACCUCAAGGUUCAUCACAAUAAAUUUGCAUCCGGAUUUCGUUCGAAUGGCAAGAGACGGCUUUCUUCAGACUCUGAAAAUUCUGAAAACUCUCCGCCCAAACGCAGCAAAUUGGUAACCCCACCGACAAUCUCACCGCAAAUAGAUCUCCCACAGCAAACCCCGUAUUAUUUCAACCAGAAUUUUGUGGCUCCGCAGAACUACCAGCCACAGUUUGCAAGUGCUCAGAAUUACAAUUUCGAAGUUCAAAAUAAUGCUCAAUUAGCUUGGAAUAUGUAUUAUCAAAAACAAUACGAGUUUUGGUGGCAACAGCAGCAAAUGAUGAUGCCAGGACAACCACAAGAGCUCAAAAAUGAAUUCCAAAGUUUGUGAAUUUUUUGUAAUAUUUUUAUACCCCCUACCUAUUGCCUUUCUCCCCCUUUGAAUAUUGUACUGCACUGAUCUCCUGGAUUACUAUUUAUGUGUCUCAUAAAUAACAAUUGAAAUAAACUUUAUUAAUAUUUA